GGACUCGGGGCCGCGCGCGCCGGGCCUCCGGGCUCGUUCGUUCGCUGUCAGCCUAGAGCGGCCGGGGUCGGAGCACCGCGUACCCCGCCAUGUUCUCCUUGGCGCUGCGGGCCAGGGCGACCGGCCUCGCUGCUCAGUGGGGAAGACAUGCAAGGAAUUUGCAUAAGACAGCAGUGCAAAAUGGUGCUGGAGGAGCCUUAUUUGUGCAUAGAGAUACUCCUGAGAAUAACCCAGAUACUCCAUUUGAUUUCACACCAGAAAACUAUAAGAGGAUAGAGGCAAUAGUAAAAAACUACCCAGAAGGGCAUAAAGCAGCCGCCGUGCUUCCAGUCCUGGAUCUCGCCCAAAGGCAGAAUGGAUGGCUACCUAUCUCCGCUAUGAACAAGGUGGCAGAAGUUUUACAAGUACCUCCAAUGAGAGUAUAUGAAGUAGCAACUUUUUAUACAAUGUAUAACCGAAAGCCAGUUGGGAAGUACCAUAUUCAGGUCUGCACUACUACACCUUGCAUGCUUCGAGAUUCUGACAGCAUAUUGGAGACCCUUCAGAGAAAGCUUGGAAUAAAGGUUGGAGAGACUACACCUGACAAACUUUUCACUCUUAUAGAAGUGGAAUGUUUAGGGGCCUGUGUAAAUGCACCAAUGGUUCAAAUAAAUGACAACUACUAUGAGGAUCUGACACCCAAAGAUAUUGAAGAGAUUAUUGAUGAACUCAGAGCUGGAAAAGUUCCAAAACCAGGGCCAAGGAGUGGCCGCUUCUGUUGUGAGCCAGCUGGAGGCCUUACUUCUUUGACUGAACCACCCAAAGGACCUGGCUUUGGAGUGCAAGCAGGCCUUUAACUUUUAUUCAACUGUAACAAAUGUCACUGGAGAAAUAAAAUAUGAACUUACCUACAUUAA